AUGGCCCAAUCCACCAAGUGCUAUCUCCCUCGGUUCGCCUCGGCGGUUGACGGGCCUAAACGGCCUGUCUCGAUGAAGACGAGGCCUACGGCCGCCCAGCAUGCGCAGUUAUUAACCGCAUGGAAUGAAGGCCGCCUGGACGCCACGCUCAAAGCUACUUGGGCGCUCGUGCUACACUACUAUAUCCGUUCCGAAGAUAUUUGCUUCGGGUAUCAACAUCUCGAGGGCGACUCGCGUUCCUCCAAAACAUCUGUACAGAGUUCGACCGGCGUGCACAUUUCGACGAUCCGAAUAUCCAUCGACGAGAACGACUCUAUCGCGGCAAUUGUAGAUAAGGUGCGCGAACACAGCGCGAAUAGACAGCUGAACGACAGCUCGGACGCCGCUUCCGAUGGAUAUCUUCCUUUCAACACCAUCUUCACGGUGCGCACAUACGACCCACCUGCUUCGCCUUCGAAACCCCUUUUGGCAACAGCUCUUCCGGACGAUGUUAGUAUAAUUGAAGCCUCAUGGAGGACGGGAUACCCGCGACCGUUGGUGGAUAUCGCUAACAGUGCGCAGUGUCAAGUCCGCCUUCAUGUUAAGGUCCUGCGUGGAGACAUCAGCAUCUUCCUUGAAUGGCGCAAGGGCGAUAUGUCUGGAGAUCAGAUGAAGACCGUGGCCUCCAUAUUUGAGCAGUUGCUUGCCAAAGUCCUUGCUGCCGAGAACACCGCUAUUAGCCAGCUUAAUUUGUUCUCGGAGAAUGAUUGGCAACGCAUCCGCAAGUGGAAUUCCACGACUCUGCAGCUUCACGAUCGUUGCAUCCACGAGGCGAUCCACGACCAAAUGCUGAGCGGACCAGACCGCGAGGCUGGAGUUGGGCCGGAAAUCCGUGUGGCAUUGUGUUUUGAGAAGUCGAAAUGGAACAUCGUUGCAAUGCUUGGCGUGAUGAAAGCCGGCGGAGCUUUUGUCCCAUUGGACCCGACUCACCCAACUCCCAGACUACAAGGUCUCAUCGAAUCAGUCCAAGCCUCGGUGGUGUUGUGUUCUGAAUGCCUUGUUGAGAAACUUAGCGCGUGGAUCUUGCAUCGGGUGUCACAGGACAAAAAUGCAGCCUACGUUCUUUUCACCUCUGGAUCAACUGGAGAACCAAAGGGAACUCUAUUGGAGCACCGCGCGUUCCUGUCCGGCUCCAUUGUACAUGGGCCGGGCUUGCGCGUUUUCCGCGACUCGCGAUGUCUUCAAUUCGCUGCCCACACAUUUGAUGCCAGUCUGGCGGAGACGUUGACGCCGCUCAUUCAUGGUGCAUGUGUGUGCAUUCCGAGUGAGGAGGCUCGGCUCAACGACAUUGUGACUGCCAUCAACGAGAUGCGAGUCACGCAGGCCUGCUUCACCCCGUCAUUCAUCGGCUUCAUUGAAAUCGAGACUGUUCCAGGGCUGGAGAGUCUCGUUCUAGCUGGCGAGGCAAUGUCUCAGUCGCAACUGGCCACCUGGUCCAAAAUCAAACUGGUCAAUGGUUAUGGACCGACCGAAGCCAGCGUGGCAUCCGUGCUGAACUCCAAUGUCACACCAGACACCGAUUGCAAAGAUAUCGGUCUGCCUGUUGGUGUGAAGACUUGGUUGGUGAAUCCGGACAACCAUGAUGAACUCGUCCCCACAAACGAGUCUUUUAUCUACGACCCUGCCUGGACAAAGUUGGACCCUGAAAGUGGUUCAAACCGCAGAUUCUACAAGACAGGUGAUCUGGUCAGGUAUAAUUCCGACACUGGUGCACUUAAUUACAUUGGUCGGAAGGACACUCAGGUCAAGGUUCACGGACAACGAAUCGAGCUCGGCGAAAUCGAGAACCAACUCAGUAAAGACGUGAACGUGACCCACUGCUCCGUCUUCUUUCCAAAGACUGGCUUCUCCAAGGGUCGGUUGGCCGCUGUUGUCUCUUCCACUGGCUUGCUUGCCGAACAGGCUGAUUCGGACUUGGUCCCCCUGCGACUCAUUCCCGCCUUGAAAAAGGCCGAGCUUGUCCCAGGUAUCCGAGAGCGUUUGUCAGCUCGUCUCCCUACGUACAUGGUCCCUGCGGUUUGGCUGUGCGUUGAAGCUCUGCCUCUUUUACCUUCCGGAAAACUCGACCGCAAGGGCAUCGCCACUUGGGUUGCAGGUAUGGAGACCGAUCCCGAUCUUAAUAAUACCACAUCUGCUUCCGUUGUCAGCACAGAAGCUUCACAGCCUGCAAAUGACAGAGAGGCAGCCUUGGCUGCUGUAUAUAGCCGCGUCCUCAACAUUCCACCUCACCAGCUUAAUCUGAAUGAAAGCUUCCUUGCCCUUGGCGGAGAUUCAAUUGCAGCUAUGACAUGUGUCGGCCUGUGCAAGAAGAGAGGCUUCGCGCUCUCGGUACAGGAACUUCUUCGCAGCAAGUCUAUCCGUGACCUCGCUACACGCGCAAAGACAAUCGAACACCUUACAACCUACGACGAAGCAGUUGAUGAACCAUUCAGCCUCUCGCCGAUUCAGAUCCUUCACUUUGGUGUUCGCAAGGAGGGCCAGGGUCACUUCAACCAGGGAAUUCUCACCCGCUUGAACAGGGCGAUCGAGGAAGGAGACCUCCGCAAGGCGAUUGAGACAUUGGUAUCCAGGCACUCCAUGCUCCGUGCGCGGUUCACCGACACAGGUCUCGCGACGGCAUCAAGCCAACACAUUACCCGCGACAUCAAGGGAUCAUAUCGAUGGCGAAUGCACAGUGUUGGUAGCAUGGAUGAGAUCAAGCACUGGGUCGCGGACAGCCAGUCUUCGAUCAACUGCUUCUCUGGGCCACUGCUUGCUGUGGAUUACUUCGAUGUGGAAGGCCACCCCCGCGUUCUAUCAAUGACUGCUCAUCACUUGGUCGUUGACAUUGUUUCGUGGAGAAUCAUUUUGGAGGAUUUGGAAGAUAUCAUCCUGAACCCCGAGAAGACUGUCAGCAAUGAUGGGUCUUUGCCUUUCCAGACCUGGUGCCGCCUCCAGAAUGAGCAUUGUAACACCCUGCGAGCCGAACACAAAGUUGCCACAGAUGUUCUGGCUGCCCCGGACUUUGGUUACUGGGGUCUCGAGGACAACAAGACUACAUACGGCGAUGUGGAUUGUGCGUCCUUUGAGAUCGACCCGGCGCACACCCACGCCAUUCUGCUGGAAUGCCACAAAGCUCUUGGCACUGAGCCAAUUGAUCUCUUCUUGGCAUCGAUGCUCCAUUCAUUUGGCCGAUCUUUCCCCGAUCGGGACCUUCCGACCAUCUACAACGAAGGCCACGGACGCGAAGUUUGGGACCCUUCCAUUGACAUAUCGCAUACUGUCGGCUGGUUCACCAUCCUACACCCGAUCUUCCUCUCUGCAUACAAGUCCGACGACCCCAUUGAUACCCUGAUCCAGGUGAAGGACCUCCGCCGUCGUGUCACAGACAAUGGGCGCGCUGAUUUUACCAACCGAGUUCUGCCAGUGCAGGGUUCCCGAGCCUCCGAGCAUCCCUAUCCAUUUGAGAUGUCUUUCAACUACGUCGGUCAGCAUCGGGAUCUGCAGCGGAAGGAUGGUCUCUUCCAGCUGGUCGACCAAAUGGCUGGAGAAGCUGGUCAAGGAGGCGGUGCCGCUGACUUUGGCAGCGAGACUCCGCGCUUUGGUUUAUUCGAGAUCUCGGCCAUGGUCGUUGCGGAAAAGGUCCGAUUCAACUUCUCCUUCAACAAGUUUAUGCAGCACCAAGAUCGGAUUCACCGAUGGGUUUCCGAUUGUCAGCAGCUGCUCGUGUCGCUCGCUGAACGGCUCCCUACCCUCGCGCCGCGGUUGACUCUCAGCUCAUUCCCUUUGCUAUCGUUGACCUACCCGACCUUGGAGCAAAUGCUCAAUGAGAAGCUGCCUCGGAUGGGCAUUGAGACCCCGGAUCUUGUUGAAGAUAUCUACCCUUGUUCUCGCAUGCAGCAGGGCAUUCUUCUCGGUCGCAAACGCGAUAGCUCUUACUAUGCCGUUCAUGACACAUUCGAAAUUCGUGGCACCGGAGCGACCGCGCCAAAUCUGGAGCGCCUUGUGAAUGCCUGGCAGCAGGUUGUUUCUCAUCAUGCCAUGCUUCGCACGAUAUUCGUUGAGAAUCUGACUCCUCGGGACCCUUUCUGCCAGAUUGUGCUAAAGAGUUAUGAUGCCACGCCCGUCUUCUUGCAGUCAUCAGGUGACAGCGACGUACUUGCUACAUUUGACAAGCAAGAGCCCAAGGAUUACAGCCAGUUUGCGCCUGCGUACCGGUUUACUAUCUGCCGAACUUCGACUGGCCGACUUUUCGCGCGCAUCGAGAUCAGUCAUGCUGCCAUGGACGGUAACUCCAUUUCGAUCAUCAUGCGUGACUUGCAGCUCGCAUAUGCCGGACGACUGGAAGAGACUCCUCAGCCUCUGUUUAGGGAUUACAUUCAGUAUCUGCAGGAUGCGCCAACUGAAGCCAGCAUCGACUACUGGCGCGCUCACCCAAGACUCUUAGGUCGAUCCCAGUCAACUUCGGAGCCAUCCAAGAUCUACAGAACGUGUGAAAAGCGCGGAAUCACUCUUGCCAACGUUUUCAAUGCCGCUUGGGGGCUCACGCUUCGCCUCUUCUGUGGAUCCGACGAUAUCUCUUUCAGCUACAUGGCUUCUCUGCGCGAUGUCCCAGCUGAGGGUGUCCGGUGGGUCAUUGGUCCGGUCAUCAACCUCCUGGUUUGUCGCAUGAAGUUCCAGAAUGAUGCGAAGUUGAGCGAUGUGCUCCACCAAAUCCAAAAUGACUACAUGGAGAGCCUGGAAUACCGCCACACUUCGCUCAUUGACAUCCAGCAUGCACUGAAGCUCUCCGACACCAACUUGUUCAACUCUGGUGUAUCCUACCGUCGUCUCCCGAGCUCCAAAGACGCCGUCAGUAGUGAGAUCGAAUGUGUCGAGGUCGGAGCAAUUCAUGAUCCCGCUGAGUUCCCUGUCUACAUCAACAUCGAGGCUACGGACACCAAAGCCAGGAUUGACCUCAACUACUGGACCACAAAUCUCUCAGACUCUCAGGCCACUAGUGUGGCUAGCACCUAUCUCCGAUGUCUCGAAAACAUCGCCGCGAACAUUGAUGGUGAGAUUAGCCAGUUGGAUAGCCUGAGUGACGACCACAAAGCCCAGAUCAUGUCUUGGAACAGCAAGGCCCCCAAGCCUUUUGAGAAAUGCGCCCAUCGCGUUGUCCAAGAGAUGGCAAAGAAGCGCCCUGAUGCCCUUGCUGUCACUGCCUGGGACGGCAACUUGACUUAUUCCAAACUGGACCAAUACUCCUCUCGCCUGGCAAGCUAUCUCAUCACCUUUGGUGUCGGUCCUGGAACUCUCACCCCUGUCUGCUUUGAGAAAUCUGUGUGGAACGUUGUUUCUAUAUUGGCAGUGAUGAAAGCCGGCGGUGGAUGUAUCCCCGUCGACAGCCCUCAGACCAUGGGACUUGUUGAGGAAUGGAUUGUCGAUAAUGUGGUCCAGGUUGCGCUGGCUUCGCCCGAGAAAGCCCAGAUCCUCGAGGAUAUCGUCCCCUACGUCAUACCUGUCAGCGAGUCUCUUCUCGAGUACCUCACAGAUGAGGUCCUUACCUCCGCGGCAAGUCCAUCCGACAUCGCAUUUGUCGCCAUGACUGCCGGCACCUCUGGCGUUGCGAAGAGUGUUAUUCUGGACCACUCAACUGUCAUGACCCGAGCUGAAGCAUUUGCUACCACCAUGGCAAUUGCCGAUGUUUCCAGGACACUCCAAUUUGCGCCUCAUACCUCCGAUGCAUUCAUCCUGGAGGCCUUUGGCACCUUCAUGUGGGGCGGUUGCCUCUGCAUUCCCGCUGAUAUUGACCCACUCAAGCUGGCCAGCUCGAUCAAUGUCCUACAUGUCAAUGUUGCUAGCAUAACCCCCACCGCAGCAAGCUUCUUUUCGCCCAAAGAUGUGCCUGGACUGCGGUCCAUCGCUCUCAGUGGUGAAGCAGUCCCCCAGUGGGUUCUCGAUCAUUGGCAAACUGAUGAUCUGCAGCUUCAGGUCUUGUAUGGCACAACUGAAAGUUCCUCCGCGUGUUUCCAUGUAUUCUGUUCCCAGGGCCAGAACGAGGCCACUCUCAUUGGGAAGAGCACUUCUUGUGUUCCGUGGGUUUUGGAUCCCUUCAACUCCAACUGCCUUGCCCCCAUCGGUAGUGUCGGAGAGUUGGCACUCGAAGGACCCGCUCUUGCUCGGGGCUAUCUCAAUCAGAAGUCCGCAGCGAGCCCCGACUUUUUCGACAACCCCACUUGGCUUCCGGGAAGGCAUCGGGAGGGUAGUCGCCGUUUGUUCAAGACUGGCGAUCUCGUUCGAUACAACUCCGACGGCUCCCUUGUUCUCCUGGGACGGAAGAGCGACCGCAACGCACUUACCAUGGCUAGCGACCUGAUCCAGACUCGGGAGCGCAUUGAUUCCUUCCUUGGUCCCAGGAAGAGGUGCAUUCUGGAGAGCGUUCAACUGGAACAUGACGGAACGAAGAUGCAUUCUCUCGUUGCCUUCGUGGUAUCGUCAGAUACCAUCUCGGGCACAUUUGGCGAGCCGGUCCUCCAGCCAGCGACUCCCGAAAUGAAGGGCGUUGUGUCCAGUCUGCACGCUCAUUUGAGUACCACCCUUCCCAAUAACAAGGUUCCGAGUAUUUACAUCCCUAUCUCUUCCCUCCCCUUGACUUCUUCCAGACAGCUAAACCACCAGGCCCUCAAGACCGAGACACAAGGGCUGUCGAGUACCGCCCUCGAGUUACUCGACAUCAAGUGUUGGAAUGGGUCCAAUUCUGCUAAUCGCGUUUCGCGCCACGCCAGCCUCUCCCAGGCUAGCAUCACUUUCUGGAAGGAUCGCGCGAUGCGCACGCUCAACAAGCAGGCCGCCAACAUUCAUGCAUUCAGUCGGAUCUCUGGCUUGCCUGUCGAGGUAUUGUUCCAGUUUGCUUGGGCAGUCGUUCUUCGGUGGUACACUGGCUCGGACGACGUUUGCUUUGGGUAUUCCGCAGCAGCCCUGGAGGGGAAGAUUCUGGAUGGCGAAGAGCUCUCCACCUGUCGCUUCCUCGUCCAGAAUGAGAACAAGCUCCAAGAUGCUCUACAGAAAGCAAAGUUGGAUCUCAAGAGCAGUGUCGCUAACCUUGCUGCUCUGGAUGCCAUCAAGCAUCAGCUUGGACUCGAUGACAUGACUUUCUUCAACACCUCCCUCCACUACCGAACAGCUUCCAAUCUCGGGAAAGACAGUAGCCGCCAACCAAGCGCCUCCGAGACUGAUAUGAUUGUGGUUGAAACGGAGGUCUCGGACUCUGACGCCGAUAUUCACUUCACCUACUCCUCAGACACUCUCUCUUCCUUUUACGUCAGCCAUGUCAUGGAUCUGUUCAGCCAGGUUGUGGACGACCUAAUCUCCCAAGAUCUCUCUGAGCGCACAGUUGGAGACAUGGACUUAUUCCCCGCACGCUCAGUCCGCCAGAUUCGUGAUUGGAACGCUUCAUCGCCUCCGAGAGUGGAGAAGUGCGCCGACGAGUUAAUCCAACAGCAAGCGCUGCUUCACCCCCGCGCAGAAGCUAUUUGCUCUUGGGACAAGAACCUAACUUACGGACAGCUUGAAAUAGUCUCCAGCCGUCUGGCUCGCUAUCUCACAGGUCUAGGUGUCAAGCCCGAAGUCUUCGUCGUCUUGUGUUUCGAGAAGUCUGCUUGGGCCAUCGUCGCCCAGCUUGCUGUGAUCAAGGCCGGCGGAGCUUUCGUGUCGAUUGACCCAUCGCACCCAGAUUCUCGCCUGAAAAUGCUCAUCGACGAAAUCGGCACUCAUCUGGUCCUGUGCUCAUCUUCUCUCCUGGCAAAGGUCUCGAAGCUGGUCGACAAAUCCUUCGCUGUUUGCCAGACUUCCGUCUCCCAACUUCCUGACUCGCCUCUGGGUAUGCCCGGCACUCGUCCUGCGCCAUCGAACGCGGCGUAUGGCAUCUUCACUUCUGGUACCACAGGGAAGCCAAAGCUCACUGUUGUCGAACAUACUGCCCUUAGUACCACAGCUCUUGCCAUGACUGAUGCCCUGCGCAUGAACACCACAACACGUGUUUUGCAGUUCUCGAACUAUACCUUUGACGUCAGUAUUCUGGAGAUCAUGAUGACUUUGAUGACUGGUGGUUGUGUCUGCGUUCCCAGCGAGGAUGAGCGUAUGAACAGCCUGAGUGGUGCCAUUCGCCGUAUGGAGGCAGCAUACAUCUUCGCGCCCCCUGCCAUCGUCAAUACUCUGGAUCCAAAGAGCGUCCCAACGCUGAAGGUUAUUACCACCGGUGGUGAGAAGAUGCCCGCUAACCACAUUGACCGCUGGGGCGAUCGAUGCGUCAUCAAUGCCUAUGGUCCAUCUGAAGCCACAGUCAUUGCCACAGUUGGUGUCAAAGUUGACUGGGAUGGAAACAGGGUCAGCGAGGAUCCCACGUCCAUUGGAACAGCGCCGAAUUGCAGAGUGUGGAUCGUUGAUCCUAACAACUACAACCGCCUGCUUCCCGUCGGCGCUGUCGGCGAAUUGAUCCUCGAAGGAAGCAACGUUGCACGUGGAUACCUUGCUAAUGAGCAAAAGACAAAAGCCUCUUUCUUCCAGUGUCCCGUUUGGGUGCGACACGAUGGCCUGCAGGGUGUGUUCAAGCGCGAUGAUCGCAUGUAUCGCACUGGUGAUCUGGUUCGCUACAAUAGCGAUGGCAGUCUCGCCUUCAUCUCUCGCAAAGAUACUCAAAUCAAGUUCAAUGGCCAGCGGAUUGAACUCGAGGAGAUUGAACAACAAUGCCUUCGCUGCCUCCCUGACGAUUCACAAGUUGCUGUCGAUGUUGUCGUCCCCGGAGAACGGACCAUCGCCAAGGGUCUUGCUGCAUUCUUCACUGUACAGGACCAUGGUUCCAACGGGGGCAGCAGUGAUCAACUCACCACCACUGUUUCUGGAGCAGAUCCACUGCUACUGCCCAUCUCAGUAUCCAACAUGGAUGCCAUUCAGAAGUUGAAGAGUUCUCUUCCCGACCUUUUGCCCCAGAGCAUGAUGCCCCGGCUGUUCUUCCCUAUCCGGAACUUGCCCUUCACUUCCUCUGGAAAGAUCGACCGUCGCAGACUGAAGGCAAUGGCCCAGACCCUAUCCAAGGACACCCUAAAGUCUUACAUCACAUUCAAUACCUCUGACAAUAGAGGGAUGUCUACGGCUACUGGUCUUGAGGCACAGCUCGUGGCCCUUGUGGAGAAGACUCUUGACCUGGAAGUCGGUUCUGUCACCGCCGAUGACAGCUUCUUUGCACUGGGUGGUGAUUCCUUGUCUGCCAUGAACCUCGUUGGCGCUGCUCAAGCUGAGGGUAUCUCUCUUACUGUGUCCAGCAUCUUCAACUCUCCGCUUCUGAUUGAGAUGGCCAAGACUUGCGUCGUUUCUAGCGGAGCUGCUGAAAUCAAGAAGGAAAUUGUCAAGCCCUUCUCCCUGCUCCCUGCUGGAAUCGACAUCGACAACCUGAUGGACGAGAUUACCGACAACUGCGAAGUGUCGAAGAACCUUGUCGCCGACGUGUAUCCCUGCAGUGCAGUGCAAGAGGGUCUUCUGACACUCUCCAUCAAACAUCACGGUGCCUAUGUUGCUCAGCCUUCCUUCCGCCUUGCUGAUGGUAUCGAUGUCGGUCGGUUCAAGCAGGCCUGGCAACAGACAGUCGCUGACUUGGAGAUCCUGCGCACUCGCAUUGUUCACACCGACGCUAUGAAUUUUGCUCAGGUUGUGCUGAAGGAGUCUCCUAUCGCUUGGGUUCAGGCGGAGUCCUUUGAAGCUCUUCCCAAUGACUUCCUUCGACUGCCCAGUCACAAUGGUGCACCUCUUACUGGCUAUGCCAUGGUUCAGCCGCGUGGUUCCUCUUCCAGCUACUUCGUUUGGUCUGUUCAUCACGCACUUUAUGACGGUUGGAGUAUUCCUUUGGUCUUCCGCAAGGUCGAAGAGAACUACUUUGCCUCACAGACCAAGCGUGCUGGUGCCCCCUACAGCCUUUUCAUUGACUACUUGGUGAAGAAAAACAUGGCGGAGUCCGACACCUUCUGGAAGACUCAUCUAGCGGACCUGUCAAGCACACCUUUCCCUCACAACAAGAAUGCAUUGCCGGAUGCCGUUCGUGCUGGUAACACUCAGCAUCACUCUAUGGAGAUCUCUCGCACUCCCGAAAGCGUCGACUUUACCAUCCCUGUGCUUAUGCGCGCCGCAUGGGCAAUCGUCAUUGCCACACAAACUGCGUCUGGUGAUGUUUGCUUCGGCGAGACUUUGUCUGGAAGGAACAUCGAUCUCCCUGGUGUUGCGGAUAUUGCUGGUCCUGUUUUAACCACUGUACCGACCCGUGUUCAGGUCGACAAUGCGAUGUCCACUCUACAAUACCUGCAGAAGAUUCAUCAAACAACCACUGAGAUGAUUCCGCACCUGCACUCGGGUCUUCAGCGCAUCCGUCAGCUGAACAAGGAUGCCUCCACUGGUUGCGACUUCAAGAACCUGCUUGUGAUCCAGCCUGGUGAUGGCGAACUCGACAACAAGAUUUGGGUCGACGAGAAGCGUCAGACAAGCGAAGACUUCUUCACUCACCCUCUUGUUGUGGAAUGUGGUGUCACGAAGACAAGCAUUGCAUUCACGGUUCACCACGAUGAACUUGUCAUCAAUGGCUGGCAGACCAAACGCAUUAUCCAGCAGUUUGCCCAUGUCCUGCAGCAAUUGAUUUCGAUGCCCAAGAACACCACAAGCAUUUUGGGAGACCUGGAGGUUGUGAGCCCUGAAGACAAGGCGGAGAUCGGUACUUGGAACGAACGGACUCCGCUCACUGUCGAACGAACCGUGCAAGACUUCAUUCGUGACAUGUGUGAUGAGACUCCGAACGCUCAGGCUGUGUGUGCAUGGGAUGGUGACCUCUCCUACAGAGAAUUCUGGGAUCUCGCAUCCGGCUUUGCCAAUUAUCUCAUCUCUCGUGGAGUUGGUCCAGAAGUCUUUGUUCCAGUGUGCCUUGACAAAUCAGCUUGGGCAAUGGUGACCCUCAUCAGUGUCCUCAUCGCCGGUGGCGGCUAUGUUCCUCUCGAUCCGUCCCACCCUACAUCUCGCCACGAAGAGAUUCUGGCCGACGUCGGCGCCAACAUCAUUCUGUGCACACCCAAUUAUACCAAUCGGUAUAGCCGAGUUGUGAAGACUGUUAUCCCCAUCAGCAAAGACACCAUCAAGGCCUAUGGGUCCCUCAAGUCAACCGUCCGCGGCCGUGCUCAGGUCAAACCAUCCAAUAUGGCGUACGCUUUGUUCACAUCUGGUAGCACCGGUCGCGCCAAGGGCAUCAUUGUUGAGCACCGCAACGUGGUCAGCAGUAUCAUGGCUUUCGCCCCGUGGGUCCACAUGGAUGCAACCUCGAGAGUGUUCCAAUUUGCCUCACUCACUUUCGAUGCCGCUGUCAUGGAGACACUUGCGAUCCUCAUGUUGGGAGGUACAAUCUGCGUACCCAGCGAGGACGAUCGUCUCAACGAUGUGGCUGGUGCAAUCCGUCGACUGAAUGUUACUUGGACAUUCCUCACUCCUUCAAUUGCCAGCAUCAUUGAGCCAUCCUCGGUUCCAUCCCUCAAGCACCUGGUCUGCGGUGGUGAGAAGAUGUCCAACGAAGUCAUCACCAAGUGGGCCAACUCCGUUCACCUCAUGAACGGAUACGGACCAACCGAGACGUGUGUUUUCGCCGUCAUCGACAAUGCAGUGGCCGCCAACCGCGACCCCGGGCGCAUCGGUUAUGGCAUUCCCAGUACCCUCACCUGGAUCGUUGAUCCUGACAAUCACGAUCGGCUGACUCCUUUGGGUGCAGUGGGAGAACUUGCCCUUGAAGGUACUCCCUUGGCCCGAGAGUACCUCAAAAACCCCGAGAAGAACGCAGAGGCAUUCACGACCGACCCCGCUUGGAUCAAGGACUUCAGGGCCACUGUUCCUGGUCCCCGGCGUAUCUACAAAACCGGUGAUCUCUGCUACUACAACCCCGAUGGUUCCAUUCAGUACAUCAGCCGGAAGGACCACCAAGUCAAAUUGCACGGCCAGAGAAUGGAGCUCGGUGAGAUUGAGCAUCGUUUGUCCGAAGAUACUCGCACACGCCAUGCAGUCGUCAUUCUUCCCAAGAAGGGCCCGCUCAAGCAGCGCCUGGUCACUGUCAUGUCUUUGAACAGUGUUGCAGCUGAUAACAAGCUUAUUUCAGACAAGGCCUGUGAGCUUGUUGACGAGGAUGAGCUUGAGCGCCAUGCUUACAAUGAGCUUGUUGACGUCCAGAAGAACCUCGAGGACCAGCUUCCCAUAUACAUGGUUCCGCAGACUUGGGCACUGAUCAAGAAGCUCCCCAUGCUGGUUUCUGGCAAGCUCGACCGAAAGAAGAUUACUGCUUGGCUUGAGGAUAUUGAUGAUCUGUCAUACGAGCGUAUUAUGGCGGAUUAUGAUCGCAUCAAGCGCGGGAAGACCGAGGAAAAGCCCCAAGAAAGAGAUGAAAAGAGUGGCUCGCUCAGGAUUAUUCGCGAGAUCUUCGCCCAGGUGUUGAAUAUCUCUUUGUCCAAGGUCAAUGUCGACCGAUCUUUCGUCAGCUUGGGCGGCGACAGCAUCACUGGAAUGGCUGUGAUUUCCCGCGCUCGCAAGCAGGGACUUGUUCUGACACUGCACGACAUUCUGCAAAGUCGCUCGGUAAAGGAACUUGCACAAACCGCCGGUACCAAGACACCUGUUUCUCAACGUGAAGAGCGAGCUGGUGAGGGCUUUGCCCUUUCCCCCGUUCAGAGGCUGUACUUCCAGAGCGCCAAAUCCUACAAAGGGGCUGCUCGCUUCAACCAGAGUAUCACCGUUCGUAUCGUUCGCCGCUGUGAGGGAGAGGUCCUCCGACGCGCCCUCAAGGCUGUCAUCGGCCAGCACGCCAUGUUCCGUGCCCGCUUCAGCACAACUAGCGAUGGAAACUGGCAGCAGAAGACCGCAGCGGAGGUCGACGAAUCUUUCCGUUUCCGCGUUCACUCCGUCAGCGACACUCGCGCGAUGGUUCCCAAGAUCGCCGAGAGCCAGACUUACCUUGAUCCUCUCAACGGUCCUAUUUUGGCCGCCGAUCUUUUCAAUCUCCGCGCCGGUGGUCAGGUCCUGUUCCUUGUGGCUCACCAUUUGUGCAUUGACAUGGUAUCUUGGCGCAUUGUGCUUCAAGAUCUCGAAGAGCUCGUUGUCUCUGGAUCUUUAUCAUUGGACAAGGCUUUGUCAUUCCAAAGCUGGUGUGCAAUGCAGUCGGAGAGGGUCAGGACCCACGAUGCCAACAUUUCCUUGCCUUUCACUUCCGAGAAGCCAAACUUGACGUAUUGGGGCAUGCAAGACACACCCAAUGUCUAUGGAGAUAUCAAGAUGGAAUCUUUCACAUUGAGUGAGGACACUACUAACUUCAUUCUGGAUGGUUGCCACAGUGUUUUCCGGACAGACACUGUUGACAUCCUACUUGCUGCCAUCAUUCAUUCCUUCGGUCGGACUUUCACCGAUCGCAAGGUUCCCACUGUUUACAAUGAAGGUCAUGGCAGAGAACCAUGGGAAGCCGACAUUGAUCUUUCGAGAACAGUUGGCUGGUUCACUACCAUGGCGCCUUUGCUAGUGGACUUCGACGCUCGUAAGUUUAUCAUUGCCCGUCUCGGAGAUAUCAGACUAACAAGCCAAGGUGCUCUCAACGACAUCAUCAAGCGCGUCAAGGAUACCCGGCGCAAGAUCACAGAUAACGGACGCCCCUACUUCGCUAAAAGCCUCCUUCAAAACCAGGCAGCCGACUUCCCAGUUCCAUUGGAGAUCCUCUUCAACUAUCUGGGUAAAAUGCAGCAACUUGAGCGAGACGACUCCUUGUUCCAUCACCAUGGCAGCGUCUUCGACAGCUCUGACUUCGCCGUUGCGGGUGACAUGGGCCCUCAGACUGCACGCUUCGCCCUCUUUGAGAUCUCGGCCAUUAUCAUCAAAGGUCGUCUCAAUGUCGCAUUCACUUACAAUCGCAAAAUGCAGCAUGAGGGCUCGAUCCGCCGCUGGAUCAUUCAGUGCAAGCAAACCCUCGAGAAGGAUCUUCUCACACUGAAGACGGCCACCCCCGAGCCAACUCUCAGUGACUAUCCUCUUCUGCCGAUCAACUACCACGGCCUGCAAAUGCUCACCGACAGCACCUUCCGCAGGGCGGGCAUUCGCGACAGGGAUCAGGUCGAGGAUAUCUAUCCCUGUUCUCCGAUGCAGGAGGGUCUUUUGCUCAGCCAACUCCGCGACCCCAAUGCCUACAUGUUCCACACCAUUUUCGAGAUCAAGGAUGCCAAAUAUGGCAAGGUCGACGCUGAAAGGGUUUCUCAAGCAUGGCAAACCCUCGUCGACCGCCACCCUGUCUUGAGAACCAUCUUCGUCGAUAGCAACUACACCGGAGGAUCUUUCGAUCAGCUGGUGCUCAAGGACCUCCGCGAGAACAACAUUUGCGUGGAGUGCCGCGACUCCGAGGUCGAAGAGAAGUUGGCUGCAAUUUCUCUUCGUGCCUUGAAUGCCGUUCGCCAGUCCAAGCUUUCUCACCAACUCACUGUCUGCAGAACGAACACUGGACGUGUGAUUCUGAAGCUCGAGAUCAACCAUGCAAUCAUUGACGGAGGCUCUGUCGAUGUCCUCCUCCGUGACUUGACACUCGCUUAUGAGCGCAAGAUUCCCGAGGGACCUGGACCUCGCUUCAGCGACUACAUCAAAUACAUCCGGUCUCAGAGCCAAGCUGACGCCCUCGGUCACUGGAAGCAAUACCUCGGUGGAGUUCACCCGUGCCACCUUGCCCCAUCCGCCACAUUUGGCUCAAAGCGAGCGCUGAAGGGUGUUAUGAUGAACUUCCAGCGGUUCCCGGAGCUUCUCAAGUUCUGCGAAAGGAGUUCUGUGACCCUUGCCAAUUUGACUCUCUCAGCCUGGGCCAUUGUUCUUCGACAAUUCACUAACUCCGAUGAUGUUUGCUUCGGAUAUCUUUCUGCUGGUCGCGAUGCCCCUGUUAACGGUAUCCAGGAUAUGGUCGGCAUCUUCAUCAACAUGCUCUGCUGCCGUGUCCAGUUCUCAGACCACCAGACUUUGACUGAUGUGUCCAAGAAUGUUCAAGAUGACUACAUUCGAUGCAUACCCCACCAGAGUUGCUCUCUCGCCAGCAUCCAGCACGAGCUUGGCUGGCAGGGACAGUCGCUCUUCAACACUACCCUGUCAAUUCAGAAUCACUCCGUCGCGGGUGGCCCCAAAGAAAAGGGGUUGUCCUUCGAUCUUCAGCACGCACAUGACCCCAGCGAGUAUGCGGUGACUGUGAACGUUGAGAUUGCACGAGGCCAAGAGGGCAUUCUCUUGAGAUACUGGAACGAUGUUGUCUCAGAUGAGGAGGCACAGGCAUUGACUGAUACAAUUGCCAAGGUCUUCACUGGAUUUAUUGAGUCGCCCGAUGCGACUCUGGAGCAGUCCAAGUUCGGCGCUGAAGCUGCGUCGGAGUCAAUGGAUUGGGAUCGUUCCCAGUCCACAUUGGCCGACAAGGCGAAGUCCGCCGGAGAUGCGAUUGAUAGCAGUGCCAUUCAAAAAAUCAUUGAUGAUCGCGUCCAUGAAAUUAUUGGUCGGAUGUUGAGAGAAGGGAAACUGACAGUUCCUCCCAUCAAAACGGAGGGUUUGUCGAACUUCGGUGGCCACACUGAGGCCACUGUCGACUCGCCAUACCAGUUUGGCGUGCAAGAGGCGGAUGAUUCGGGUGUUUGUUCGGCGACAUCCCGUUCCAGCGAGGAUGGGAUGUCGGCCGAUGUGGAGAGGAAGUUGUGGAACCUUUGGAGUAGCGCACUUGGUCUCUCACCCAACGUGGUGAGACAUCAGGACAGCUUCUUCAAGUUGGGCGGUGAUAGCAUCACCGCAAUGAAAAUGGUCAGCGCGGCUCGCGAAGAGGGCCUGGUACUUACUGUCGCAGAUGUCUUCCACAACCCUGUUUUCGCAGACAUGCUGGCGACAGUUCGGGCCGCCAACGUCACUCAGCAACUCCUCAAUGUCGAUCUCAAGUCUGGCGGUCACAAAGAGGUUGAUAGUGAUUUACUCAACAUCACGCCAACGACGCUGGGGCCAUCCCCUUCAACUGAGAACCUCGAGGUUCUCAAGCCGUCAUGUGUUGAUGAUGCCGCAGUACAGAGUGGUAUCUGCCCCAAGAUCGGUGUCUUCAAGGGUGGCAUCGCCGAUGUUCUCCCUGUCACUGAUUUCCAAGCGAUGUCUUUGACGGCGACUCUUUUCAAGUCCCGAUGGAUGCUUAACUACUUCUACCUUGAAGGUAAUGGUCCCUUGGACCUGAGACGCCUUCGCGAGAGCUGCUUGAAGGCUGUCGAUGCUUUCGAUAUUCUGCGCACAGUCUUUGUGUGCUUCCAUGACCAGUUCUUCCAGGUUGUCCUUCGCAAGAUCCGUCCCAGUAUCUUUGUCUAUGAGACAGAUCGCGCUCUCGACGACUUUACUAUGACCCUGCAACAGAGGGACCGUGAGUACGGACCCCGCGAGGGUGAACAAUACGUGCAGUUCUACGUUGUCAAAAAGAAGGGCAGCGAUCAGCACCGCAUUUUGAUCCGCCUCUCACACACCCAGUACGAUGGAGUCUGUCUGCCGAAGAUUAUGGCUGCGAUCAAGCACGGAUACGAAGGCACACCGUUGCCUCCCGUUACUCCGUUUGCUGGUUACUUGCGACAGCUACCGGGUACAAUUACUCCGGACCACUACCGCCACUGGUCCGACCUUCUCAAGGGAUCUCAGAUGACCCAAGUUGUACGCCGAAAGGGAACAAGCAUGUUCCAGAACGUGGGUGCAUUCACCGAAAUCCACAGGAAGAUCGAGAUCCCACCCACUGCCCUUGGAAAUGUCACCAUUGCAACCGUCAUGCAGGCUGCCUGGGCCUUGACCCUCGCCAAGCUGUCUGCCCAAUCCGACGUUGUCUUUGGUCUGACCAUCAGCGGUCGCAACGCCACAGUACCUGGCAUCGAAAACACCGUUGGUCCCUGUGUCAACGUUAUCCCGGUUCGCGUGAAACUCAGCGAGAACUGGACUGCCCUGGAUCUAUUCCGUUAUCUCCAAGACCAGCAAGUCUCCAACAUGCCAUUCGAGUCUCUGGGCUUCCGUGAGAUCAUCAAGCAGUGCACCGACUGGCCCUCCUGGACCUAUUUCACCACCUCCGUCUUCCACCAGAACGUCGACUACGAAGGAACGAUCGAACUCGACAGCAACAAGUACCGCAUGGGUGGUGUCGGUGUCAACGACAACCUCGCCGAUCUGACCCUGGUCUCUCGCCCCUCCGGCGAACGCGGCCUUGAUGUUACCCUCGGCUACUCCGAAAAGGGACCUGUCAUGCCAAUGUUCGCAGAAAAGGCUCUCGAUAUGGCCUGCGAGAUUGCACAGUCGCUCGUAGCGAAUCCCAACAGCUCGCUGCCUUCCGCGAGCACGCUGCGUUCCCUGCCACCUCAGACCAUUGAUGACCUCCCCGUCCAUCGGACGAACACUUCCUCAGUCUUGCCCAGCCGCACCGUCCCAGCCACUGUCGACCCGGACUCCAAUGACAAGCCCACGCACCAGUCUGCCUUCCAGCUGGAUUCCUCCUUCUUUGACCUUGGCGGCGAUGUCUUCAACCUUGCUCAGCUGACCUGGCUCCUUGAACAAGAGGGUCUCAAGGUCCGUCUGGAGGACCUUAUCGAGCAUCCUUCUUUCCUGGGACAGAUGGCUGUGCUGGCUUUGUAUAACGCGAAGCAUCAGGAAGAGCCUGUCGAGCAUCUUGCGACUGGCGCUGCCUCGCCUGACCCUGUUUCCCGUGUCGAGAAGAAGAAGACAUGGGAGAAGGCAAUGACAUUGGCUCGGAAGUUGACUCGACGGAAUAACAGCAUCAUCUCGAGUCGAGCUUGA